CGCAAACCCGCCUUAAACCUCGACAAGUCGUCAUUAUUUCGAGCCCGCGCAUCGAGCGCCGAGUCAACGGCAUUGAUCGUACCACCAUCCCCCAUACGAUCCGCCGAAAAUGUUCUUCCUCCACAACCUCGAGCGGCGCGUCACGCUGCAUCCCUCGUACUUCGGGCGAAACAUGCACGAACUAGUUACAUCAAAACUGGUCAAGGAUGUCGAGGGAACAUGCGCUGGCGACUACUACAUCAUCGCCAUCAUGGAUACCUUCGAUGUAUCUGAGGGCCGCAUUCUCCCUGGGAGUGGCCUCGCCGAGUUCACCGUCGGUUAUCGCGCCGUGGUCUGGCGGCCAUUCAAGGGCGAGGUGAUUGAUGCGAUUACACAAACCGUAAAUCCUCACGGUUUUUUCGCCCAGGCCGGCCCUCUGCGGCUGUUCGUCUCAUCACAUUUGAUGCCUGAUGAGAUUCAAUACGACGCCAGCGCCACCCCCGCGCAAUUCACCAACAACGCCGAUAUCGUCAUCGAGCAGGGGACACACGUGCGUGUCAAGAUUAUCGGGUUGCGCACCGAGGUCGGUGAGAUGUGGGCCAUCGGCAGCAUCAACGGUGAUUUCCUUGGCUGCCUCCAGGCAUAACAUCCCGGAAGCAAGCCAUGGCGUGUCAAGUUUUGACGAAAAACACGAGACGGCAGAGCCGGUGGAGAAAAGACCGGGGCAGGUCGCAGUUCAACCCGGUCGGACUGCUCUCCCAAUGGCCCGACAACUACUCUGCGCUGAAGUCAUCAAAGGUGGCUCGCAGCAAGACCAUGAUGAAUGCGCCUAUGCUGCUAAGCGUUUACAGAGGAGGGGGCCGUCCAUCAUAUAUUCUUGGAAGGGA